AUGCCACAUCGAGGUUUCAACACCGAACACCUGGAUCUGUUGACGUGGCUUCCUGUUGCAGUCGUCGUUGCAAUGUUGAUGGUGAUGGCGCUGUCGUGCUGGGCUGCCAAACACGCGGUUCUAUGGAAGAGGAGGGUAGAGGAAGCCGCAGCAAUCGCCGGAGGGAAGAGCGCCUAUGUCGAGGCAGACGGUGGCCAGAACUUCGACAGGGAUGUAAAACAAGCCUCGGUCAUCGAGGUUUCUCUCGAUCGAGCUUCAGGAUUUGAGAGUUCACCUAAACGGGCUUCAGGUUCUGAAAGUUCACCUAAACGGGCUUCAGGCUUUGAGAAUUCACCUAAACGGGCUACAGAUUUUGAGAAUCCUUACUUUCAAAUUCCACCCAAACGCGUCCCAACCCUAAAUCCGUAUUCCGAACAAACCUCAGCAGCAGAUGUUCCAACCAAUCAACCUUUUUCAACCAUUCCUACCCCACCCAAUCGACCCCCAGCCAUAGACAUCCCCUCCGCUCGCCCAGACAACAUCUCAACAACAGACCAUUUUGAAAAACACCGACAGGACAACGCAUCUCACGAGGACAGAUGCAACAGAGCUUCCAGUUGCCCCAAUGCAAAGACUCUUAUCAAGAUCCUCGUCGCUGGGGAAGAAUUUCAAAUGUGUUCAGUAUGUGGCAACGUUACCAGAAGCAAGCAACACGUUAAUCCGGUAGUGGUACAUGCUGUCCAGCCGAACUUCAAUACGUGUUUAUCUUUAGGUGAUGUGACUGUUAGUACCACGGGUCGUGUAUGA